AUGGCUUUACAAAUUCUACCUCCACUCAUCUCUGCUUGUGGAAAAGUUGCUACAACAUUUAUUGUUGGUAGUGCUGGAAAAAAAAUAGUUGAUACAUUACAAAGUAACAACAAAGAAGACACACCACAACCAUCAGAAGAAUUCAAACAGAGGAGCAAUGGGUUGAAACAAGAGAAUGAAGUGUUAAAAAAUAAAAUCAAAGAAUUAGAAAAUGACAUAGUAACAAAAGAACGGGAGCAUUUACUUUCAUUAUUAAAAGGAAAAGAUGAAAUAAUCAAACUUACUGAACAUUAUAAAAAACAACAACAAGAAAUUGAAGAACAAAUGAAUAAUCGUUUAAUAGAAAAAGACAAUCAAAUUAUUUCAUUACAAAAUCAAUUGAAUCAACUUAAAGAUGAAUCAAUAACAAACUCAUCAAAUCAAGAAAUUUAUUUUAAAUGGGGACCAACUAUUGUUUGUGUAAUAGUAUUAGUUAUAAGUGUAUUGUUUCAUUUAACUAAAUAA